GAACGACGUAGCGAGCUAGCUACUACCAUCCAAUAAAGAUAAUUUCGUAAUAAUUUACUCAUCGUCGACUACAUAGAUACUAGAGUGGCCUUGAAUGGCACUCACGAGUGUUUCAGCUUAUACACUAUCACAGUUGCAGUGCUAUCUUCAAAACUAACCUAGCCACAAGGGCGGGUUAGGUUAGGUGAGUGUGUGUGCCUACUAUUUGGUUUCUUUUCUCAUUUUUUUACCCGACACAACCUGUCGUUUAAUUUGCGUGUCCCUGUUUAAUUGAAAGCGUCCCUCCUUGUCGCACACUUCCCUUCGUUGGGCUGGAGCAGAGUAGGAACCGUUCAGUCUGCGACUGAACCACGCACAGGUUGGUUGUCACUCUCUCUCUCUUUCAUUCCGGUUCUCUCUUCAUUCAUAGCGGGAGAAUCGAAUUCUGUUACCAGCUUUUCAUCAUGAUUUGAGUGGAAAUCAACACGAAUUAUGGCUUCAUUUAUAAAGAGUGCAUUCACUCGCUACCCUGUGAUAUCCAAUGCUGUCGUCUAUGGAACUAUGUGUGUGGGUGCUGAGUUCACACAGCAGACUUUCAAACGAAACUAUAGUGAAAAAUCGAAUCCUCCACCUUAUGACGUAGCAUCCUUAGGAAGAUAUGCUGUCGUUGGAACCUGUAUAAAUUCUAAUCUCUUAUAUUUCUGGUUCACACAUGUGGAAAAUCUAAGUCCAGGCACGUCUUUAAGAAGUAUUUUCCACAAGACGAUUCUCACACAAGUUAUACUUUCACCUAUUUUUGUAACUUCUUUUUACAUCAGUAUGAGUAUAAUGGAGGGGAAACAGGACAUAUUUGAAGAGUGCAAGCAGAAGUUCAUACCGACGUUCAAGUCGAGCUGUGGCUUUUGGCUGCCUGCGCAAACCAUCAACUUCCUAUUGGUUCCCCCCGCUGCCCGCGUCGUCUAUGUUGGCACAUGCUCCUUCCUCUGGCUCAACAUCUUAUGUCUGCUAAAGAGCGAAAAAGUGGCCGAAGACACACCCGCUCUAGAAGCUUUAUAAACAUCGAUUCUAUGCCACAUCUAGAUGUUGGCCCAAUGUCGACCGGCGUCAGUGUGUGGAUGGGUGGUUUGCCAGCGCUGGCCUUGCACCUUUACCAGGCUGGGCCAGCUUACUGGGCCAACAUAUGGCUGUGGCAUUAAUAAAAAUACGUAAUUGGACCAAUAAUUUAAUUGAAAGUUUUUGAACAUCAAUUUUAUAUUACUAAAAAUAUAUGCUGUUGAUUAUCGAUUA